AAAGCUAGGUCAUUUUGCAUUUCAAGAAGAAAUCACUGAUAUACAUAAAGAAACCGUGAUGCAAAUACAAGCUACUAGAAUGCAGGAAGAGACUUUAUUAAAUGUUGAAGCAUCAGCUACUUUGUCGCAACAAUUCUCAUCUAAUGUUACUGUAACACAAUUAUCACAAUCAUCUUCAGCAAUGCUAUCAACCAACACUUUAUCAUUGAUAUCACGAUCAUCUCCAUUGACACAAAUAUCUCCUUCCAUGACUAUAUAUAACUCACCAACAUCCAUUGAAAUUGCGACAAAACCACAAAUGCGUUUGGACCCAUCCAAUGAUACCGCAACACCAUCAUCACAACCAUCUUCAGCAAUGUUGUUAAUUGAUACUUUAUCACGACCGUCUCUAUUAAUACCAUCCGUUGACAUCAUACAAGUUCCAAAGGCUCUUGUUAAUGUUCCUGUGACAACAAUUUGCAAAUUCGCUCGCAAAUCUUGGAGGUAUAUGAAUACAUAUAAUAAAGGAUUGGAAGGUAGAACUGCUGAGUGGGCCGUCAACAAGUACAAGUCUCAUCAUCGUUUGCCUGAAAACAUUGAAAGAGAAAUGAAUUUAGAUGGAGAGUAA